UUUUUAAAAACAAGCGUUAGUAAAUAAUCUUGCUCGUAUAUAAUAGGAUUAAUCGUAAAAAUAGUUAAAAAAUAAAAUCUUUAAUAUAAUAUUAAGUUUAAUUUUAAUUAACACGAUGCAAAGAAAUAUUCGAAAACCCGCGAAAUCGAAAGAGUUGUCGUGGCGCAAGAAGCAUUCGAAGAUUUCCGAUCAAAAGGCAGAUGCAAUGGAUGUGUUCGUGUCGCCUAAACGUCAAAAGAGUGACGAUCUAGAGGUCACAGGGAUAUCCCGAAGUGGCCGAGUAAGAAAGAAAUCAUCAAAGCUCGUUGAUUUUGAAUCACCCGAUGACUUCACCGAUAACAAAUACAAACGACAAAAGGCGCAGUUGCAGGCAGCACAAUUGUUGGAACGUUAUGAGUCUUCACAUCACAUUUCACCAAGUCAAGUUCAACAAACUCAUGCUGCAAGACAAAGGAAGAAUUCAGGAUCUCAUUCAGGACAACAAAGAGUUAAACAGGAUACUAUAUCUGAUAAUGAAGGUCAGUCAUCUGCAUCAGACUCUGAUGAUCCCACUGGGUUGAACGAAGAAGACCGGUACAGUAUAGAUUCUGGAAGUGAUGAUGAUCCAGAUCCUUUGAUGAUCGAUGACAGAGAGACAGGAUUUAGGAAAUUAGAGCCACCAGGUCAGGAAACACCUUCUCAAGCGAAUAGUUUGUAUAUGCUUGAAAAAUGUAAAAAGAAAUUAAUUAUUAAGGAUGGCAAAAUAAUAGGUAGAAUGAAGGCCCAACGUAAGGACAAAGGGAAAACAAGAUUUACCGCUUAUAUGUUGUGGGCUAAAGAAAUUAGGCAGGAAUUAUUGGAACAAUGUCCUUACAUGGAUUUCGCUGCAAUUUCUAAACGAUUAGGUGAACUUUGGGCAACAGUGCCAAACCUGGAGAAAUAUAAUUGGCGUAGACGUGCCAAACGUUUAGCAGCAAAGCCUAAUUCAAUGUCUUCUUCUACUACCAAUAAAGAUGAGUCGGUUUGGAAAAUGCCACCGCCUGCUUCGCGAAAAAAAUUCAUUAAUAAAAUUGGUAAUGGAAAAGAAAGUAAACCAAUUUCUUCGAAAAAAACUCUUCAAUUAGGAGUACCUUCUGUUAUAGGAAAUGUGCCUAUUUCACCACCAACGAAUAAAGGUGCUAAAGAUUUGAUUAACGAGCCAGUAAUAGGUACAGGAAUGUACAAAGUGAUUGGAACUCAACCGAUUGAUGUCGCAGCACAUCUUAAACUACUUGGUGAAAGUUUAACCAUUAUCGGUGAACGUUUGAAAGAACAUGACGGUCAAAUAGCAGUUUCCGGUAGUUUAUCUGUAUUAUUAGACUCAUUACUCUGUGCAUUAGGUCCUUUAAUUUGUCUUACACAACAAGUAUCAGAAAUCAAUGGAGCUCAACCUGAAACAUUAACGCAAAUGCUUGACAAUAUCGCAUAUCUUAUGCCUGGUUUGUAAUAUAAAUGCUAAAUGGGAUAAACACACACAUAUAGAAAUUAAUUAAA